AUGGUGAUCUUUGUCAGCAGGAUUUUACUGCCGAGAGAUAGUAGUGGCUGGUUUGUGCAUCAUCAGUACACUGGUUUUAACCAGUUCAUCUAUCGAUUUACGUUACGCAGUGUUAAGGAGAAAUUGAAUAUUCAAAUAAAAACUUUGGCAGAUGAUGUGCGUGACAGAAUAACAAGCUUCAGAAAAUCAGCAGUGAAAAAAGAGAAACCUCUCAUUCAGCAUCCUAUUGACUCUCAACCUUCUAUAAGUGAAAUCCCACUUGCCCAGGCACUUGUUGACGAGCGUUGCAUGAACUUAUCAGAAAAAGAAGUUAUGGAUCUCUUUGAAAAAAUGAUGGAAGACAUGAAUCUAAAUGAAGAACGUAAAGCUCCUUUAAGAGAUAAAGACUUGACCACAAAACGUGAGAUGGUUGUCCAAUACAUUUCUGCAACUGCCAAAUCUGGCGGACUGAAAAACAGCAAGCAUGAAUGCACACUGUCCUCGCAAGAAUAUAUUCAUGAAUUGAGAUCUGGAAUUUCAGAGGAAAAGCUUCUUAAUUGUCUAGAGUCUUUGAGAGUGUCUCUAACUAGCAAUCCAGUCAGCUGGGUUAACAAUUUUGGACAUGAAGGUCUUGGACUUCUGUUGGAUGUAUUGGAAAAGCUUCUGGACAAGAAACAGCAAGAAAGUAUUGAUAAGAAGAAUCAACAUAAACUUAUCCAGUGCCUCAAAGCAUUUAUGAACAAUAAAUAUGGAUUGCAAAGGAUUCUAGGAGAUGAAAGAAGUCUCUUGCUGUUAUCAAGAGCAAUUGAUCCAAAGCAACCACACAUGAUGACCGAAACAGUGAAAAUACUUUCUGCUAUCUGCAUUGUUGGAGAGGAAAAUAUUCUGGACAAGCUUUUAGGUGCUAUAACAACUGCUGCUGAAAGGCACAAUAGGGAACGUUUUUCUCAGAUUGUUGAAGGACUGGAAAACCAUGAAUUCUUACAACUGCAGGUAGCAUGUAUGCAGCUCAUCAACGCCCUUGUUACAUCUCCAGAAGAUCUUGAUUUCAGGAUACACUUGAGAAAUGAGUUUUUACGUUGUGGCCUGAAGAAAAUAUUGCCUGGCUUGAAAGAUAAGGAUAAUGAAGAGCUUGAUAUUCAGCUGAAAGUGUUUGAUGAGAACAAAGAAGAAGACUUAAUUGAACUGUCACAUCGUCUCAAUGAUAUCAGAGCUGAAAUGGAUGAUGUGAAUGAAGUAUUUCAUCUGCUGUAUAAUAUGUUGAAAGAUACGUCUUCUGAAAAUUACUUCUUGUCAAUUCUCCAACAUUUUCUUCUCAUUCGAAGUGAUUACUACGUCCGACCUCAGUAUUACAAGAUAAUAGAAGAAUGCGUAUCACAGAUAGUAUUGCACUGCAGCGGCAUGGACCCGGAUUUUAAAUGUAGAGGAAGAAUGGACGUGGAUUUUACUCAUCUUAUUGAUGCAUGUGUGGACAAAGCUAAAGUAGAAGAGAGUGAAAAGAAAGCAGCAGAAUUUUCCAGAAAGUUUGAUGAAGAGUUCACAGCUCGACAAGAGGCACAAUCGGAGCUUCAGAAACGAGAAGAGAAAAUCAAAGAACUUGAAACGGAAAUCAAACAUCUACGAACCCAGGUAAUAAAACUAAAUCACAGUAAGUUACAAAAUUCCUCUUUAAUAUUUCAGGGACCAGGCCUGACAGGUCAACUGACAGAAGUAGCACCGUUACCUCCAGCCCUAUCAAGUGAGAAUGUGCCACCAUCUCCAGCGCCCCCGCUACCUGGUGGAGCAAUACCUCCUCCGCCGCCACCGCCUCCGCUACCUGGUGGAGCAAUACCUACUCCACCGCCGCUACCUGGUGGAGCAAUACCUCCUCCACCGCCUCCGCUACCUGGUGGAGCAGCACCUCCUCCACCACCUCCACUGCCUGGUGGAGCAAUACCUCCUCCUCCUCCGCCACCACCUCCGCUACCUGGUGGAGCAAUACCUCCGCCGCCGCCACCGCUGCCUGGUGGAGCAGUACCUCCUCCUCCUCCUCCACCGCCUCCGCUGCCUGGUGGAGCAGAACCACCUCCACCGCCUCCGCUGCCUGGUGCAGCAGCACCACCUCCACCGCCUCCGCUGCCUGGUGGAGCAGCACCACCUCCACCGCCUCCGCUGCCUGGUGGAGCAGCACCACCUCCACCGCCUCCGCUGCCUGGUGGAGCAGCACCACCUCCUCCACCACUGCCUUUUGGUGGGCCUCCAAUGCCACCAGCUCUUGGAGGUGUUCCUUUUGCUCCCUUUCCGGUGAUACCAGCGUUACCACAUGGAAUGAAGGAGAAGAAGAAGUAUAAGCUGGAAGUCACAAUGAAGAGAAUCAACUGGUCAAAG